CAUUUUUCUCUCUUUUUAAAAAUUGAAACCAAAGAAAUGGAGAAGAAGAGUUCUCACUUCAGUCAAUUCCACACAGCUUCCUGGAUCAGAGGCAAGUGCAUAGGCAGAGGCGCGUUCGGGAGCGUCAGCAUCGGAGUUAACAAAUCUGACGGUGGAGUCUUCGCCGUGAAGUCAGUGGAUCUCGCCGCGUGUCUCCCCGGCCAGGCGGAGGCGCUGGAGAACGAAAUCAGGAUUCUCCGGUCGCUGUCGUCGCCGUACGUUGUGGAGUAUUUAAACGACGAUUACACGGCGCCGUCGUGCCGGAACUUGCACUUGGAGUACAUGCCGGGUGGAACCGCCGCGGAGUCUGCUGCUGACGUGGAGGAGAGUGUGGUACAGUCGCGGACGUGGUGCGUGGUGUCGGCUUUGAAGUACGUACACUCCCGUGGGAUUGUUCACUGCGACGUCAAGGGGAGGAAUGUUCUGGUGGGGCCCGACCGGAACCAGGCGAAGCUUGCGGAUUUCGGCUCCGCCGUGGAUUUGAAUGCGGACGCGUGUAGGGGGAGGAUUUUGCCACGUGGGAGCCCGCUGUGGAUGGCGCCCGAGGUGAUCAAGGGGGAGUAUCAGGGGCCGGAGUCCGACGUGUGGUCGUUGGGGUGCACGGUGAUCGAGAUGGUCACGGGGAAGCCGGCGUGGGAGGACGAGGGACUCGAGACGCUGAGACGGAUCGGGUUGUCGGUACCGGACUUCCCGACCCGGCUGUCGGAAUCGGGUCUUGAUUUUCUUGACAAGUGUCUGAGGAGAGAUCGGAGAGAGCGGUGGAGCUGCGAUCAGCUGCUCCGGCAUCCGUUUUUAGCGUCGGUUUCGCCGAAUGCGGCGGCGGAUUCUUCGCCGCGGUGCGUGCUCGACUGGGUCAACUCGGAGUUCGAAGACAACGAGUUCGAAAACGACGAAGAAGACAGUUGUUCUUCUUCUGAUCACGAGGCUUCCGCAAAGGAGCGGAUUGGUAAAUUGGCGUCCAGCUCAGGGGCAGAUUGGGAAUCUGAAGAAGGGUGGACGGUGGUGCGGGGUUGUGAACUUGUAGGAGUGGAAUCCGGCGCGUUUUCGCGGGAAGAGACGAGUUUGGGAUAUUCGGAUUGUGAAGGGGCAAUUUCGGAAGGUGAAAGUUGUUGCGGUGGCGGUGGCGGUGGUUUAGUGGAGUGGGCACGCAAUGAGUGUGAUACGGUUGGGUCAAGUGGUUGUUGGGAUGGGCCGUCGGGGGUGGAAUAUUCGGCGGUGGAGGAGAGGAGCGUCGGCAAUAGAAGAUCAAAGUCUUGUCAUCAUAACUGUAACGAGUGUAAUUUGUGUACAAGCAUAUGUUUACUUUCACAUCCUUUUGGGGUGAAAAUGAAUAAAUUAGUCGUUUUCAUAACCUGUUAUAUUGUUUUACCUAUAUGUUAUCUUUUCUCUGAGUUAUUUACUUGAUAAUUGAUAUUAC